AUGAGGUGUACUGCCGCACUGACGCUCGCUGCGGCGUUAAUAUCCUUAACCGACGGCCUCCAAUUGGCCCCGAGAUCAAACUCCGAACCUAAAGUUGUCGGCGCCGAAAUCCAGAGGAGAGAAGUCAUAAAUCCCAUUGCACGCGACCAAGCGAGGAGAAGAAGAAAGCGGGACAGCCUACAGGCUACUCUUGACAAUUUGGAAACGCUCUACUUCCUGAAUGCUACCAUUGGAACACCCGCACAAUCACUCCGUCUCCACUUGGACACCGGCUCGAGCGAUCUCUGGGUGAAUACCGAUGAAUCCAGCCUCUGUUCCUCCUCCAGAAACGACUGCUCAAGCGCUGGCACCUACAGCGCAAACGACUCGUCGACAUACGAAUAUGUAAACAGCGUGUUUAACAUUUCCUACGUUGACGGCUCUGGUGCGUCCGGCGAUUAUGUCAAAGACACGUUCAGCUUCGGUGGUACCAACAUCACCGAGCUGCAAUUUGGCAUUGGCUACACAUCGACCUCAUCAGAGGGUGUUUUGGGCAUCGGCUAUACUUCGAACGAAGUCGCCGUCAAUCGAGCAGGUCUCGAUGCCUAUUCCAACCUGCCCCAGCUUAUGGUGGACAAGGGACUUAUCGAGUCCAACGCUUACAGCCUGUGGCUGAACGAUCUGGAUGCGAGCAGAGGAAACAUUCUUUUCGGCGGCGUGGACACCGAAAAGUAUCAUGGCACUCUCGCGACCCUUCCCAUCCUCAAGGAGGGCAACCAAUACAGGGAACUCAUCAUUGCGCUGACUGGCAUUGGCGCUAAUGGCGAGAGCGGCACCUACUUGAGCGCCAACAGCAGCAGCGAUGCCGUUCCUGUGCUCCUCGACACGGGCAGCAGUCUCACCUAUCUGCCGGAUUCCAUCGUCAGCAGCAUUUACUCGGAUUUCAACGCCGUUUACGACAGCAGCGAGGGCGCCGCUUUCAUCGACUGCGACUCAGCGGAUAGCGACGACACGCUGGAGUUCACCUUCAGUUCCCCGACAAUUAGCGUCCCGAUGAACGAGCUGGUCCUCUUGGCCGGUUAUUCACGUGGCCAAGCCGUCUGCAUCCUUGGCAUCAGCCCAGCCGGAGACUCGACUGCCGUGCUUGGUGACACCUUCCUGCGGUCCGCUUACGUCGUCUAUGACCUUGCCAACAACGAGAUCUCGCUUGCCCAGACCAACUACAACGCUACGGACUCCAACAUCAAGGAGAUCACCACUGGCACCGAUUCCGUGCCCGAUGCGACUGGCGUCGCCAAUGCCGUGUCGGCCCUUGUGGCUGCGACGGGAGGCGCGAGGAAUGACGGCUUGGGUGUCUCCGGCAACGCUGCCAUGCCGAUGAAGACCGCCAUGCCAAUAGCUCCCGUCGCCGCCGCGGCUGCCGCGGGUCUUCUGUUUGCGCUGUAG